CUGUCGAUUGUUAUGAAUUGUGUCAAUUAUUAAUGUGAUAUAGUAAAUUUGUAAUUAUCUAUUGUAAUUUCGAAGUGGUGGUGUUGUGGGACUACCUAUAGCCCCUAUCUUUUAGUAGUGAGUAAUGUUUAAUGGAACUAGUGAAAGGAGUAAAUUAGCGUUUAAUAAAUAAUAAUUAUCAUUUUCUAAAUAGUAAAUUCCAUUAACAAACAUGUCGAGCCUUGUAUCUAUAAUACGCGACACCGUGUUUCUUAAUCUUAACUGCUCAGCAAUGAUCGUUAUUUGUUAAUGGUUAAUAUGUUAUCUUUAAACUAUGGUCUUCUACUCUAAUGUAUCUCACUUCCGGACUUUCCACGUUUUAUAAUAAAUCGAGUUUUAAGUAUUAUGUUAUUUCGUGUGUGUUUUGUUAAAAAUGUUUUGCUACCCAAACGUCAAAAUGUCCAUAUUAAAAAUUCCAUCAACUACUGGAUUGAUUGAUUAGGUUUAUUUUACUGCUUGAUUUGUAGGUAGUAUUUUCUAAGAUAUGCCUCCCCAAACACUUAAAAGACCUACGGAAGAUGUUUAUAGUAGUGAUGAUGAAUAUCACAUGGGUGACACAUGGGUUAACAAAAAAAAGUCAAGAUAUUUGUAUACGUACAAAUUAAAAUCAUCCGAUGAUUUAUUUGAACAUAUAAAUGAUUCAGAUCAAUCUGAAAGUAUUGAUAGUACCCAAUCCAAAGCUACAAUUGAAGUAGCAGAUAUUCUUGAUUUUUCAUCUGUAACAAGUUGUCCAAGUGAUUGUGAUUGUGAUAGUCAAAAUUCUAGUCAAAGUGAUUGUGUCUAUAAAAGUUCAAGUCAAUCAGAAAGUGAAGUUUCAAAAGAUGAUAUCUUCCUUGGAGUUGAAGAUAAUUAUGACCCUGAUGAUUCAGAUUUAGAAAAAUUCAUUUCAGAGACAGAUUUCAAAUUCCCAGUAGUUUUUCAAAAAUGCUGUAAAUGCCAAAAACCAAAUUCCAAUCAUUAUUUUCAAUAUUGUAAUCAGUGUUUUAAGAAUCGGAUGCAAUUAUUUGAAAGUACAUCAAAACCAAAACCAAAGAGCAUUAAACGCUUAUACAACAUGGCCAAUCGCACAGAAGAAAAUUAUAUACCUAGAGAUUGUCAAGAAUCAUCUUCAACCUCCAAUUCACAAGAGUCACUGAAUUCUUUAGGUAUAUCUGGCUUAUGUUUGUCUCAAGAAAGUACAUCUAAUACAUUUGAAAACACCACUAACUCUUGCAAUGUUUGUUUUUUGAAACCUAAAAAUGGCAUAUUUAAUCAUGGUAAAACGGCACAUGUGUAUUGUUGCUACACAUGUGCCAAACAUAUAUGGAGUAGAUCAGGUAAAUGCCCUAUAUGUAAUUUAAAAAUUAGAUAUGUUACUAAAGCCGUCCGAGUAUAAUGUUAUUUUAAUUAAAUUUAAUCACCUGUGUAUACUUUUAUGAAUUUAUAUUAAAAUGUGCAUAUUAUAUAAUAUAAUGUAUUUUAUACUUUUAA